UCUAUUUGUAGUUGCGAAGGAAGAUUUUAUCGAAAUAAAAAAAGUUUAAAUGCGAUAAAAAAGUAAAGAAAUGUCUUUGACUGAUUUAGUUCCUUACAAGUCGUUACCUAGUCUAGUUGGUUGUGAUUAUUUCAUUAAAAAUAUUCUUAUCUUCCUUAAAUUUUAAAGAAAAUGACUGGAUGCAGUUGGCAAUUUUGCAAUGUGGCUGGGCCAUUUCCGUCUAACAUGGUAAGAGGUGGAAUUGACACCGAUGGAACUGUAAUUUAUAUUGGACGAGCUUUUCAUGAGGGCGACAUGAUACCGGCUAAAGUUAUGCCUGAUAAAAAUGCUUGUUACAUAUGUUACGGUGGUGAAGAAAUAGCAAAGGAAGAUUUUGAAGUUCUACGCUCGGGUGAUUUUGUAUGGGAAUUUGCUUCAGGUGGAUCAAUUCCAGAAGGUGCUGUUCAAAGUGGACAAACAGCUGAUGGUGAAAUCUUAUAUAUUGGACGUGCUUUAUAUCAAGGCAGUCAAACGCCCGGUAAAAUCCAAAUAACUCACGGUUGUCUUUACAUACCUUUUGGAGGUGAAGAGGUUCCGAUUACUGAAUAUGAAGUUUUAUGCUUAAAAUAAGCAAGCCUCAACAAAUUCUAAUAAAUGAUGAGGAUGUGAAAAC